AUGUGUUCUCGUUUAAUAUUUCGAUCAAUUCAACAUCCUAUACCAUCAGUAAUUUUCUCACGUUUUCUAUCGUUAACUCAAAUACAAUUAAAUGCAGCGACGAAAUUAAAAGAAAAAUCAUCCAUAGAUGUUGAAAUAACGAAAACUUAUUCAGAAAAUAUUCAACGAAUUGUUAAUGAAAUAAGUAAAUUAUCAUUGGUUGAAGUCAUGGAUUUGAAUGAAUUAUUAAAGAGAAAACUCAAUAUACAGGAUGUGCCGAUUGUAGCAUCAGGAGGAAGCAGUGGUUCACCACCACCGACUACACCGAAAAAAGACGACGAAGAAGAUGAAGGUGCUCGACCAGUAGCUCAAUCAGUAUUUAAAGUCCGAUUAAUCAAAUAUGAUGAUACAAAAAAAGUACCUGUCAUUAAACAAGUCAAAGAUGUUGUUGAAAAUAUUAAUCUUGUUCAAGCUAAAAAAUUAGUUGAAUCAAUACCACAAGUCCUACGUGAUAAUUUAAGUAAAGCCGAUGCUGAAAAAAUGAAAGCUAAAAUUGAAGCAGUUGGUGGUGUUUGCGUUAUCGAAUGA